AUGAGUGGGAAAAUCGGUGAAAAGAAGUCGAGAUCUGGUAAUAUUGGAUGUUGUGUUGUGUUGUGUCAUAAUACUUAUAGUAACACUGAGUCGAAUAUAAAAUUUUAUUCGUUUCCAUCAAAACCCCAUUUAAUAGAACGUCGCAAAAAGUGGAUAAAAGCAGUUAAUCGUAUUAAUCCAGAUGGUACCCCAUGGCAACCUACGAAUAAUUCAAGGAUAUGUAGUCAUCAUUUUGUUGGAGGAGAUAAAUCUGAAGAUCCUCGCCAUCCAGCAUAUAAUUCAACAAUUUUUCCGUCUAAGCAUAAACAGGUUUUAUCUGGUGCUAAUGAUGAACAAGAACAAGUGAAUUCAUCAGUUGAAGGUGUUCAAUUAGAAACUAUUAUUAAUCAAACCGUAGGAAAAUCUGAUAAAUCAGUUCAAGUGGUAUCUUUUCAAUCUACUAGUGAUGACUUUAUUUUCUCAUGUGACUUUGAUCGUGGGUCAAAUAACGUUUCAACUCAAGCAACAAUAUCCUCUACUAAAAAUUUAAAAGCAGAAAUAGUGACAAAAGAUAAAAGUAGUGGACCGGACAUUUCAAUUUUACUGUCGGGAUUUCGAGGAUACUGUUCAAUAAAAAAUGAUAAACCACUUUUGGCUGUAACUGGUGUAGGGCCGGAAACAGGUUUAUCUUAUGAUUGUAUUGCAACAUUUUUUGGUGUGGACCCAACAUGUAUUUCUCGCAUUUUUUUUAACGUGUUAUCUAUAUUAGCACAAAAAACUGUCAAUUAUAUUUUCUGGCCAAGCAAAGAAGAUAUUCAAGAAACUAUGCCACCAUCAUUCAAAGUACAUUAUCCUAAUUGCAGGGUCAUAAUAGACUGUACAGAAAUCAAGUGCGAACAACCAAGUCUCGUGUUUGUACGUAAUCACAUGUAUUCUGAUUAUAAAUCAGGAUACACUGUGAAAUUUUUGCUGGGAAUCACACCUUUAGAAAUGAUUUCGUUUAAAUCUGAGUGCUACGGUGGAAGGUCUAGUGAUCCUUUUAUUACUAACGACAGUAAUUUUUUAAAACUACUGGAACCAGGCGACGAAGUCAUGGCUGAUAAAAGAUUUCCUGGUAUAAAAAAAUCUAUAGAUGUACCAAAUGCUAUCAUAGUAACACCUCCAUUUUUACAUAAUGGACAUUUAACCGAAGAUGAAAUUGAUGAUACUUAUAAUAUUGCAAGGUCGUUAUACAACAAUCGGAGUAAAUUUUGUAAUAUUUUUUUAUAA